AUGAAUCAACAAACAGCAAUCACUAUGAAAUCAAGCUUAUGUCAACAGAUCACAUUGGAUGCAUUGACGAAGCAAUGGAAUCACAAAAAAUUACACUUUACAAAGAAGAAACACGAUCUAUGGAAUGACGAUCGAAUUCAAAACCACAUUCUUGUCACUAAAAAUAUUUCAGUUGAAUUCACUUCAGCUGUUUGCGAGAUACCCAAAAAACAUUUUCUUUUCUGUAAGGAUGAUAAAGGUAUUGAAGUGAAUCAAGAAGAUGAUGUUUUGAUGGAUGAAGAAGAAGAGCAAGAUGAUGUUUUGUUUGAUCAAGAAGAACAAGAAGAUGUUUUGUUUGGUCAUGAGGAACAGGAAGAUGUUUUGUUUGAUCAAGAAGAAGAAGAUGAUGAUUCUGUUUUGGCUAAUAAUUUUAAUGACUACGGCCUUUGUAGCCAUUUUAAACACUCGUCCAGCAGGCAUAGCAACAGCGACAGCAGCAACAAUAUGCUGUUCCAUUUACCCUCGGGAAAUUUCGUGUUCCACUUUUCCCCGCGGGGAAUUUCAUGUUCUAUUUUCCUCGCGGGGAAGUUGAAAUUGAUAUCACUGCCAAGUUUAAAUUUCUUCCAUGGAGCUGCAAUGGAGAUGGAUAAGGAUUUGGGAUGUUUGCACUUAAAAUAG